ACACCACCUUCGGCUCACUCAAGCAAGCCGACUCAACCUUGUGUUUUAAAGGCUGUUGGACUGAAUGAGACAAUACUUCUGUAACACUGUGACCGGAUGCUGUUCAGGUCAAAUGCUUUAUUGUAUUGCAACACAGUGAGAACCUAUUCUGCAUUCUAGCUACCCGGCUAAAACUACAUGUAAUAUAUCACCUCAGGUAUUUAUGUACUUUAGUAGUGCCCUGUAAUAGAACCCAAUCUGCAAGUAUGUUCUCCCUGUCCAUGAUGGUGGGGCUGGUACCAAUAGUGUCACUCUUUGGUUUGUUCUACUCUGCUGCAGUGGAUGAGAACUUUCCUCAGGGCUGCACGAGCAGCAACAGUUUGUGUUUUUACAGCCUGUUGCUGCCGGUCACCAUCCCUGUCUACGUCUUCUUUCACCUCUGGAGCUGGAUAGGGAUCAAGCUUUUUAGACACAACUAGGCCAUUCUGAUUCUGUUCUGUUAAAGGAAAAAUGUACCUGAAAACACUUCAGUACAAUUAAAAUCAUCUGUUGGUGAUGUGUCUUCCAUUUCUGGACCCAUUUUGUUUGUUGGUUAAUAAAAGGUAAAAAUAGAAUGGUUUGACUUCACAUCAGCACAUUACAAGCACAGCUACAAUGGAGUUUAAUAGCAGGAAAAGUUGCUUUCUCUACAGUCACUAGAAUGAAGUACUGCUGUUAUACAAGAAUAUACAUUGUGAUUGAGUUAACAAGGAAAUGGACACAUUGCAGGACAUGAGGCGGAACUAGAUCGGGCAGGCUGAAGAAAAUUGAAUGCAACAAAAAUUACAACUCUUACUGUUAAAACAGGUCAAUUUUUAGGGUAACCAUGGGUGGAUUUUUACCAGUUGUUACAGGUUUUUUUUAAGGUGGAGGGCUUUUGUUUGUAAUCAGCUGAUAAAAAAAGAUUAUUUUCCUUUUGAGUAGGGGGACAGUAAAUACACUAAAUCCUGAACAUUUGGUUGGUGCAGUGUGAUGCUCCAUGUCAUCUUGUGUUAAUUCCGAGCCUUGAUGUAGUUCACAUUGUAUGUCAUGUGACAAAUUACAUAUGCACAUUCAUUGCUGUGGAGGGGAAAUUAAUAAAGUAUAGUACACAACCUAA